UCAGCUACGUGCGCGCGGAGGUCGACGGGAAUAGCUCCAGGGUUUGACUGUACUGGGGGGGGACAGGUCCAAAGCAGGUCGCGAAUUCAAACUGUGAUGAGUGCCUGGGGACCUCCGGCCGCCCGCAGAGCAGGCCGUGGCCCCCCGUUGCAGUUUAUCGUGCCUAGCGCACCACCACUACCUACGCCUCCGCCUCCGCCGCCACCGCCGCCGCCGCCGCCCCCGCCACUGGCCGACAUGGAUGAUGAUGUGUGGGGGGAGGAGCUGCCUGCUGGGGCCCUCGAAGAGGCCAUCCUGCUGGAGUCGCAGGUGUACACGGAACGGCCGGCCGCGCGGCCGCCGCAGCCGCCGCCGGCUGAUGAUGUCAGCGUCUGGGAGGAAAUGGACCUGGAUGUGGGCGACGCCGCACAGCCAGACCAGCUGGACCAGCUGCGUGCUCAGCUGCGCAAGCUGACGGAAGAGAACACUGCACUCAGCAAGCAGGUCGAGACCGCCAAGGCAGACCGUUACGCCCAGCAGGGCGAGGUGUCGGUGCUGCGCGAGGAGCUGGCCAAACGCUCCCGACAGCAGGAGACGCUCCGGCUGGAGAGCUCGCGCAAGCUGCAGGAGCAGCAGCGCCUGUUCCAGGAGAGCACCGCAACACUCAACCGCGACAUGGAUGCUAUGAAAACGGAGCUGCAGUUCAAGAGUCACGAGCUCUCGGAGGCGAGCCGGCAGUGCCGUCUGCUGACAUCACCGGCGACCGGCAGUCCGCCCCGCAAGCUGGCGCGUCUGAACGGCGACUCGCCGGACCGGCGCGGCUUCAUCACCAGCGCCGACUUUCGGAGGCUUGAAGUGACUGCUCCGCCCAGGGAGGCGGCAGCCACGCAGACCGAAAGCAACUCCCAGGAAGAAAUUGACGCGGACGAGCUCCCGGCCUGCCACCUGGCGGCGACGGCGGCCGAACCGCGACUGGCCGAGUACCUCCGCGCCGCCGACCGGCUCCGCGCGGCGGCCGACGACGACAGGUGA